AUGAAAUUUCUAGUAACAAAUCCGCAAUUCCACCAUCAAUUUCUUUCUAGUCUCCAAAUUUUGUUCAUUUCCAUCAACAUCCUUGUGUUGCUUUCUUUUUCCGAUUUCACUGCUUGUGAUUCUUCUUCUUCUUAUUCUGCAGCUCCAAUUAGAGAAAAGGAAAGAGAGGCUCUUUUAAAGUGGAAAGCCAGUCUUCACAAUCAAACCCAAUCUCUAAUUCUCUCCUCUUGGAGCCCAAACACCAGCAGCAGCCCUUGCAAUUGGGUUGGGAUUCAUUGCAAGAAGGGUAAUGGAAGUGUCACCCGCAUACGCCUUCCAAGUGUUGGCUUAAGAGGUACACUUCACUAUCUCAACUUCUCAUGCUUUUCCCAUCUCCAUAGCAUUGAUCUUUCUGACAAUUCACUCUACGGGACAAUCCCCAACCACAUCACUAGCCUUUCCAAGCUCACCGAUCUUGACUUGUCUUCUAAUUCACUCUACGGGACAAUCCCCAACCACAUCACUAGCCUUUCCAAGCUCACUAGUCUUGACUAG